AUGCACCGCUUGACGCUCAUUGCCUUAGGGACCGCCAUUGUCAGCAUAGGCGUAUUUCGUUUCUACACGUUAUUCAGGCAGAUGAAUAACCCCAAGAAAGUGCCAGGUCCGACACUCUUACCUUAUAUUGGACGGAUUCAUGACCUCCCGAUCAAGUUUAUGUGGAUCAAGCUCCACGAAUGGGCUCGUCAAUAUAGUGGACCAAAUGGAUUCUAUAUGAUUGACAUACUCGGUACCGCAAUAUUAGUCGUGACAGAUGAGUCUGUAGCAGAAGAACUCAUGGUCAGGAGAGCAAAGUACAACUCUGACCGGCCAGAGAUAAGAUCAAUUGUUGAUUCUAAGAGUACUCAUGGCUCCAUGGAAUAUUUACCACUCAUGGGAAAGAACCAGUACUGGGCUCGGCAGCGCCGCUUAACCCACGCUUAUCUAACUGAAGCGAGCAAUGCCCAUUAUCACGGCGUCAUGUACCAUGAGGCCAAAAGAUGGCUCGUAAGAUUGAUUGAACGACCUGACGAUUUCCAAUACAGCUUGGAGGAUAUGGCAUCCAAAGUCAUGUGCCAGUUGACAUGGGAUGAUCCGAGCCUCAGCGAGUAUUGCACCAAAAGUGCAUGGGGGUUACUAACCCAGAUGUCGCCAGCCGGUCCUAUCACAAACGUUUUGACGCCAUUGUGGCAUUUGCCAGAGAUCAUAAACCCGUGGAAAAUAGCAGAACGCAAACGCCAUGGUGAACAACGGGAAUGGUGGAUGAAACGACUCGUCGAAACCCGUAAGAAGAUGGAGCUCGGCCAGCAGAGACCUUGCUUCACUAGGCAAUACCUAGAGAGGGUCGAAAAGCGCUCAAGUCUCUCUGGCGACUACGAGGCAUCUUGUGUAAUUGGUAUGAUAGCCCUCGUUGGCAUAUUCACUGUGGCUGGUCCUCUCUCUUACUGGCUUGUCUCCAUGGUGCAUCAUCCCAUGUGGCAAAGCAUUGUCCAAAGGGAAAUCGACCACAAAUGCCAGGGUCAAAUGCCAACCCUUGAUGACGUACCUAAUUUACCGAUAUUGAGAGCAUGCAUCAAAGAGACCAUGAGAUGGCGGCCUAAUGUGCCAACCGGCGUUGCCCAUGAAAUGGAAGCUGAUGACGUAUAUCGAGAUUACUAUUUGGCAAAAGGAACACGGAUUCUUCCACUUGACUGGGCAUUUCUCCGGAACCCUCUGAAGUACCCAGAUCCUGAUAAUUUUCGACCUGAAAGAUGGCUCGAACCCGGCUGGCCUACUUAUCAGGAGCCGCUCACGCAAUUCCCAACUAUCAAGGGCAUGAGUUCGUUUGGCUGGGGCCAACGACAAUGCUUGGGGCAAACCUUGACCCAAGAUGAGCUCAUCGUGGCCUGUGGUGCACUGAGCUGGUGUUUCAAUCUCAAGCCAAAGAAAGAUCCGGUCACAGGCUGCGACGUACCAGUACCUGCGGAUAAGUCCAACUCGUUGCUUAUUAUCAAGCCCGACCCUUUCCAGAUGGAAUUUGAGCCGAGAAGCAAGGGACGAAAACAGGAGGCUCUACGAUUAUGGGAAGAGUCAAAAGCACGAGACAAGCGUGAAAGGUACGAGUUCGCUCAACGUGCCGCGACGAUGCCGGAGAAAUAA